AUGAAGUAUGACAUCCAAACCUUACUGGCUUUGAGCCAAAAUGCGCGGAUAGAAAUUGGAAAGUUCAGUGACCAGGCUCUCGGCAAUAAUCUGCUACGCCAACACCAAACAAGCACCAACGCCUUGGUUGAACAACCGGUUAACCAGUCAAGGACAGUCUCCAAUAUCUCGCACCAAACUGAAUCUUCUCCCAGCCGCCUACACUACCCAAUUCGUCCCCCAAAGGACCCUCCUCGGUCGAAUCUUGCACAGAUUGAUACUGGCUUUGCGCGAUUCCUCAAAGACCACACAUCCCCCAAGCACCAACGUGUUACUGCCGGUGGUCGUAUAGUCCCCAUGGAGCCAGAAUCUCCUGUCCCCAGAAUGAGAUUGGCUGUGCAGAAACAGCAUAUGAGGGACUACGGCGUCGACGAAUCUGGGUCUCUUUCAGGAAUCGAACGCGGAAGUGCAUCCGGGAAUCUUCCAAUGGAGGCAAUGGAGGCAAUGGAGGUGAACUCUAACACUAGCGAUAUAUCAAAGAAUUCGGUUUGUCCUACAGGGAUUCUCCCGGACCUUGCAAAGCUGUCCUUCCAGAAUGGUGCGCUUGACCAAGCAGUUCAAGCGACAGCAUAUCCGUCAAAUAUUUCUUGGGCCGCGAUCCCUCCGGGAACUGCCGUGCCUUCUAGCAUUCCUCUCGCGUUCAACGGUCAGCAACUUCCCCCACUUGAUCAGCAGCCUCAGAUGACAUAUGUGCCUGUAAUCCCAGAACACGCGGCUUAUGGUUAUGGCUCGGACAUACAAACUGCGUUUCCGAAUAUAUACCAGACCUCGAAUGUGCAGGAUCCUAGUCCAUCUAUCCCAGCUUCGCUUCAUCCUCACUUACCUGUGCCAACGGCAUCCUCAGACUUCUCAUCAUGCAGUAACGCUGCCAGUGUGGGCUCUUCUGCUUUUAGCCAGUACCAAUUGGGCUACAAUUCAUACUAUCCGACCUUUGUGCCUCAGGUAUAUCAAUCCGUUGGUAGUCAGUUCCCAGUAUUCAAACAACCAUCGGGUCUCCAGGGUACACCCCGGGAGAUGCCACAUCUGAAAUGCUUGGACGAAGCUGAAAAGCAGCAUGAGUCACUUUCAGCACAACUCUCCCGCCUAGAUAAAUACAUGGCCAUACACACUUGGGAUAUCGAUCCCCAGUCAAAAAAGUUAAUGGUUGAACAGCGAAAGAGUCUGGUGCGAGAGUUGGACGCCGUUCGAAUUUCAGAUGACCAGAAAGAGGCGAACGCUAGAUUACUGGUCCCUUCUAGUAUCUACCUUCCAGGAAGCGUCGCAAACAGUCAGGUUUUCUUGAGGCCAAUGUCUUCAGCUUCCAGCACAAGCUACGUGAGUCAGAUGCCGCCCGCAUACUUGGCUUCACCCGCGCUUCCUUUGCCUGUACCGGAAAGCGAGGCCUCUGCUUCGGUGUUUCCGUGGCCGAACCUGGGGAGCCCAAUCUUUCACAACACCGCUAUUGGCGUCAAAGACAUGCCCAUCGGAAAUUAUAAUUUGUCCCAGCAAAGAAAAGACAUGGGAUCAAACCAAGGGUUGAACCAAGAAGAUAGGCAAACUCAAGCACACUCAUCCAUUUCAAACGACAGAACUGGUGGUACCAGCAAUGGACAGUCGUCGUCUAGAAUACCAUCGCCGCUAGAUCUUCGGCACCUCUAUAUCAAAAUCGAAGAAGCUACAAAGCUGGGUGAACCGGUUGAUGAGUUGCUCAAGGAGUUGUCUAUCGUCACUACACGACUGGUAAAGCAAAGAAGGGAAGAGGGGAAAACGCCCCGUCGACCAAUACAGAGCAAACCGGCCAUGCCGUCACUCACAAUUGGUAGAGCAGAUUCAGCGAGAAUAGCCCCGAGCAGCAGGCUAAUGAAGUAUGCAAGACAGCCCUGGGGAUUGGAAGUUACCCCUUGGGCACCAGUGAGAAGCUACCGCGAAGCUUCAUCUAUGUCAGACAUUGAGGGAAAUGAGAAACUCUCCUCGUCGUACAUAUCUACAACAGAUUCGUGGGCUACUGUUUAUGAAGGAAACAAGCGUUGGGUUGGUACGAGCUCGCUGGCAGGUAGCAAGCAUGGGAAGGAUCCAGAAAAUCUAUCGGAAAGUUCUCGGAACUUUGCUAGAUACAAAUUUGCAUCAGCUGAGACGCUGGCUUCAGGUGCUCUUCGCAGUUCUAGAUGGAUCAAGGAACAAUUAGACAGCAACGCGCUAGAGUCACACAAUACAACGCUACGUCGUGCGCACAGAGUGCGCGGAGGAAACCCAAACAUGCCGAGCAUGAAGCAACCAACCUCGCCAUUGAAUACGCAGCAUCUGAGCAAGAAUGGAGGCUUAGUUUUCGAGAAGACAGCUGCCUUGGCGGUUCCCCAAACCAUCAACGUGCAGGCUUAUGUUCCUCCUUUUGAUGGCCCAGGAGAUGCGCCUAGAAAUGAGACAAGCCAAUGCACGAUGGGUAACGUUAAUAGGCAAACACAGGGCAUCGUGUCCCAGCACUCAUUUGAAGAGGCUGGACCAUGGUAUUUGCCAAAGGAGCGUGUUAAGCCCAGUCGAGAAACCCUGCUGGAGUUUUUCCGCAAACUUAAAGAUGAUGAGAAGCGUGAGAUGCACAACUCCCAGAUCGAGGCACAACCUAGUUGCACUCGAGCCAAUGGCCAGUAA